AUGGCUGCCGUAGACCACUCCUUCACGCGGGAAGAGGUCCGCGAUCACACCUCGGACGACUCCCUCUGGUGUGUGAUUGACAGCACGGUCUACGACCUCACUGACUUCGUCGACGCCCACCCAGGUGGUGAGUCCGUCCUCAAGCAGAUAGCCGGUCAAGAUGCCACCACCGCCUUCUACAACCUCCACCGCCAUGAAGUCCUCGCCAAGUACACCGACCUCGCCAUCGGCACCAUCCAGGACGAGAAGCCCCAGGUCAUCAACCCACAGCCCGGUGACCUCUGUCCCGUCCCCUACUCGGAGCCCCUCUGGUUGACAACCCCCUUCCGGACCCCCUACUACAAAGACUCCCACCGCCGUCUGCAAAAGGCCGUCCGCGAGUUCAGCGACCGCCAUCUCACACCAGAGGCCCAUGAGUGCGAGAGGACGGGCGACUUCAUCAGCCAGGGGAUGAUCGAGCACAUGAGCCGGCUGGGAAUUCUGCACAUGCGUCUGGGGCCCGGGAAGCACCUCCACGGCGUGGAACUGAUGGGCGGGGCCGUCAAGGGCGAGGAGUUCGACUACUUCCACGACCUCAUCGUCUCGCAGGAGCUGUGCCGGCCGAUGGCCCGAGGGUUCCAGGACGGGAACAUGUCUGGGAUGACGAUCGGCCUCACAGCGGUGCUCAACUUCUCCAGGAACCUAGAGUGGAGGAACAGGAUCGCGGAUGAGGUGUUUAGCGGGCGGAAGAAGCUGAGCCUAGCUGUGACUGAGGCGUUUGCCGGCUCAGAUGUUUCCGGGCUGAGGACGACGGCGGAGAAGACACCUGAUGGGAAGUAUUAUGUUAGUCAAACUGCUACAUCUCUACUUCCACCCCGGUUGCUCAGCACGGCUAACAGGAUUCACACAUCGCAGAUCGUAAACGGUACCAAGAAGUGGAUCACGAACGGCCUUUGGUCAGACUACUUCGUCACCGGCGUUCAGACUGGCAAGGGCCUGAGUGUGCUCCUCAUCGAGCGAGGCGAGGGUGUCGAGACCAAGCCGAUAAAGACGUCGUACUCGCCAGCGGCUGGCACAGCCUACGUCACGUUCGACAAUGUCAGAGUCCCCGUCGAGAACCUGCUCGGCGAGGAGCACCAGGGAGGUCGAGUCAUCCUCAGCAAUUUCAACCAUGAACGAUGGGCCAUGUCCUGUAGCGCCAUCCGAAACGCCAGAGUCAUCGUCGAAGAAUCACUAAAAUGGGCCAACCAACGAAUCGUGUACGGCAAAAGGUUAAUCGACCAAGCAGUCAUCCGCCAAAAGCUUGCCAAGAUGAUCGCGCUGGUAGAAGCGAACCAAUCGUGGCUCGAGACCAUCACGUACCAGAUGUGCCACAUGCCCUACGCGGAGCAGGCCAAACACCUCGCCGGGCCGAUCGCCAUGCUCAAGAUGAGCUGCACGCGCGCUUGCCACGAGAUCGCAGACGAGUCCGUACAGAUCUGGGGUGGGCGCGGCCUGACCCAGACGGGCAUGGGCAAGCACAUCGAGAUGUUCCAGCGCACGUAUAAGUUCGACGCCAUCCUGGGUGGCGCAGAGGAGGUUCUUGCCGACCUUGGGGUCAGGCAGGCGAUGAAGAACUUUCCCAAGGCAAGGCUGUAA